AUGUUUGAGGCUGUCCAGCUUGAAGAAGAAACAAAUUUGAUGUUGAAUUUUUCCCAAACAAGUAGCGCGUCAUUGCACCCACCACAACAUCGUAUAGGGUUACCUUUACCUAGCCCUUCAUCACAUGGUAGUUCUACAUACGAACAAUUAUCAACAGCGCAGUCACCACCACAACUAAAUUACGAACUACUUCGUCCAUCUUCAGAGCAAUCUUAUGACAUACAAGCAACUUCCAAAGAACCACAAAAUAUAUUACUUCAAAAAGAAGAUAUAUCGGAUUCUUUGUCUACCUGUAGCAGCUUUGUAUCGACAGUAGCUACUACUAAUACUAAACAUACACAACCGGGAAUAGAAACUUGUCUAAGUAAUAUAAAAGAUUAUAAAGACGGAGGAAACAAAGCCGGAAAGAUUUAUAAUGCUAUCUUUUAUAUGUUGGCAAAAGACACUUUGCCACUAAAUACUGUUGAAAAAGAGGGAUUCAAGAAUCUUAUGAAAGUUACCGUUCCCCUUUAUAAGAUUCCUGGGCGAUCAAAAAUGACAAAUAUGGUAGACGAAAAAUAUAAUAUUCUUUCAUAUAAAAUGAAAGAAAUAAUUAAAAAUGUGACAAAUAUUUCUCUUAGUACCGAUGUGUGGACUGAUACCCUCAACACCAGGAGCUUUUUAGGUCUAACAUGUCAUUUUAUUCAUGGAAAUGAUUUAAAAUCGGUGUCAAUCGGUGUAACAGAGUUAAACCAAAAAAAUUGUUGCUGUAGUGACAGACAAUGGCACGAAUAUAAAAAAGCAGUUAUCGACGCUUUUGGAAAAACCAAGCAUCUUCCAUGUUUUGGUCACACUAUCAACUUGGUAGCUGCUAAACCAUUUUAUAGCAGUACUGAUAUUAAAGAGUUCGUUACUCAAAUCAAAGACAUUGUACGAUACUUUAAACAUAGUGUGGCAGCCUCAGAUGAAUUGAGAAAGUGCCAAGAUAUGAGACAAGCUCCCUUGAAACUCAUACAAUCUGUAAGUACAAGAUGGAAUUCGAUGUUUUAUAUGAUUGAGAGAUUUGUAAAUCUUUCGGAACUACUUAAAAACUCAAGUGCACCACCUAUGUUAACUGCAAGUCAGCUAGAAACUGCCCGGGACUUAAUAACAAUACUCAAAGCCUUGGAAAGUAUUACCAGAGAACUUUCAGGAGCAAAGGUAACUGUAAGCAAGGUAAUACCAAAAAUGUAUUGCUUACGAAAGGAAAUAAAUUCUGUGCUGACCAAAUCACCAUUAGGAGAAGAUCCCCGUUUCAAAAAAAAUUAUUUCGAAGAUAAAAUUGCUUGUUCUCAUGCAGUGACAAAAAUUAUGAAUACUCUUUCCGAAAUGAAAGAUGACAACGCAAUAUUUGAAGAGGAUGAAGUACCUGACGAAGUAGAUACACCUGGGAAAGAAGCUGUUAGUUUAUGGAGGCACCAUGAUACUUUAAUUAAAGAGAACCGGCCACAAGUGCACAGUAAUGACAAAGCUGCUGACAUGACUUUUUAUUUAAACCAACCAUUAGAAGAUUUGAAAAAAACAAACCCCAUUAAAUUUUGGAAAUCCCAAAUGUUUGUGAACCUUCGUAAAAUAGCUGUACGAUACUUCUGUAGUACUGCUACAUCAGUACCAUCAGAAAGGCUUUUUUCAGGAGCAGGCUAA